AUGGAAGAAUUACUGGCUCUUGCUCGACCAGUUCGAAGAUCAACGGGAGUCAAGGUGAUCAAGAUCUUUUGGCCACAAAUGGAUGUCGAAGCUCAGAAACAGUGUUUGGAUUCGAUUUAUCGUGGAUUUCUUAGCAAUACAGACAGAAACAUUCCAGAUAUUCAAGACGAACUCCUACAAGCUAUUGAACUUUCCGAUGCUUUAAAAACAACGUCAUAUGGUUAUUCAACAUGGUCGAAGGGGAACUCGACAAAAAAGGAACAAAAACUUCCAGGAUUCGACGGUUUUGAUGAUGACCAGAACAUGAUAAUGGUGUUUGGCACACUGUUCUGCAACAGAGAAGGUGCUCUACCUGGAUCACCGUAUGAAGCUGUGAUGAACGCCGUGGCGAGUAACACCAGAUCCAUUCCAGCAAAUUUUAGAUGCUCCAACAACUCCGCUAUCUAUAAUCGAAGACUUUGUGUUUAA